AUGAGGAUUAUGAUCAAGGGUGGAGUAUGGAAGAAUACGGAGGACGAGAUCUUGAAGGCGGCGGUCAUGAAAUAUGGCAAGAACCAGUGGGCCAGGAUUUCUUCGUUGCUAGUUCGAAAAUCCGCGAAGCAGUGCAAGGCGAGAUGGUACGAGUGGCUCGAUCCAUCCAUCAAAAAGAUGAGGAUUAUGAUCAAGGGUGGAGUAUGGAAGAAUACGGAGGACGAGAUCUUGAAGGCGGCGGUCAUGAAGUAUGGCAAGAACCAGUGGGCCAGGAUUUCUUCGUUGCUGGUUCGAAAAUCGGCGAAGCAGUGCAAGGCGAGAUGGUACGAGUGGCUCGAUCCAUCCAUCAAAAAGACGGAAUGGACUAGAGAAGAAGACGAGAAACUACUGCAUCUCGCGAAACUCAUGCCCACUCAGUGGAGGACAAUAGCCCCUAUCGUCGGCCGUACCCCUUCUCAGUGCCUCGAACGGUACGAGAAGCUCCUCGACGCGGCCUGCGCUAAGGACGAAAACUACGAGCCGGUGGAUGACCCGCGGAAGCUCCGCCCGGGAGAGAUCGAUCCUAACCCAGAAUCCAAGCCCGCGCGUCCUGAUCCCGUGGAUAUGGAUGAGGAUGAGAAGGAGAUGCUUUCCGAAGCCCGGGCCCGUUUGGCCAACACCAGGGGCAAGAAGGCGAAGAGGAAAGCCCGGGAGAAGCAGCUUGAGGAGGCCCGGAGGCUCGCCUCUCUGCAGAAAAGGCGGGAGCUGAAGGCCGCUGGCAUUGACGUUCGCCAUCGGAAGAGAAAGCGACGGGGCAUUGACUACAAUGCCGAGAUUCCGUUCGAGAAGAAGCCCCCGCCGGGCUUCUACGAUGUGGCCGACGAGGAACGGCCUGCUGAGCUCGUCAAGUUCCCCACCACCAUCGAGGAGCUCGAGGGCGAGAGGAGGGUUGACCGGGAAGCUCGGCUGAGGAAACAGGACAUUGCCAGGAACAAAAUCGCGCAGAGACAGGAUACUCCUUCAGCAAUCCUUCAGGCGAACAGGCUGAACGACCCGGAAGCUGUUCGGAAGAGGUCCAAACUGAUCCUCCCUGCCCCACAGAUUCCCGAUCACGAGCUGGAGGCAAUCGCCAAGAUAGGGAUCGCGAGCGACCUUUUGGGCAACGAGGAGUUGACAGAGGGAAAUGCUGCCACGCGCGCGCUGCUGGCAAGCUAUGCCCAGACGCCAAGGCAUGGGGUCUCGACCCCCAUGCGGACCCCACAGAGGACGCCCGCAGGCAAGCAGGACGCCAUCAUGAUGGAGGCUGAGAACCAGCGGAGGCUGACCCUGUCACAGACCCCACUGCUCGGAGGGGACAACCCAAUGCUGCACCCCUCGGAUUUUUCCGGAGUUACCCCUAAGAAAAAGGACGUCUCAACUCCAAAUCCACUCCUGACUCCCUCAGCGGCAACUCCUGGUUUGACUCCCAGGAUCGGUAUGGGUACACCCGCAAGAGACGCAUACUCUCUUAAUAUGACUCCGAAGGGAACCCCAAUGAGGGAUGAGCUUCGGAUUAAUGAGGACAUGGAUAUGCUCGAAGGUGGGAGGUCGAGGCAGUCGGAUAUGAGAAAGGAGCUUAUUGCUGGACUAAAAAAUCUUCCGCAGCCCAAGAAUGAGUACCAGAUAGUGGCGCAGCCAAUUCCUGAGGAGGAGGAUGAGGAGCCAGAGGAGCAAAUAGAGGAGGAUAUGUCGGACAGGAUUGCUAGAGAGAAGGCGGCAGAGGAGGCUAGGCAGCAGGCUUUGCUCAAGAAAAGGUCCAAAGUGCUGCAGAGGGAGCUGCCAAGGCCUCCGUUGGCUGCAGUGGAGCUUAUCAGAAGCUCGCUGGUUAAAGCGGAUGAGGACAAGAGCUCAUUUGUGCCCCCAACUUUGGUUGAGCAGGCUGAUGAACUGGUGAGGAAGGAGCUUCUGUUGUUGCUGGAGCAUGAUAAUGCGAAGUACCCACUGGACGAGAAAGCUACCAAGGAGAAGAAGAAAGGUGGCAAGCGUGCUGUGAACGGGAAGUCUCAGUCUGUGCCGUUAAUUGACGAGUUUGAAGAAGAUGAGCUAAAAGAGGCCAACGAAUUAAUAAAAGACGAGGCUGAGUUCCUGCGCGUCACAAUGGGCCACGAAAACGAGCCCCUCGAAAGCUACGUGGAGGCCCAUAAGACUUGUCUGGACGACAUCACAUACUUCCCGACUCGUGCCACCUAUGGGCUCUCGAGCGUUGCCAGCAACACCGACAAGCUAGCGGCCCUUCAGGACGAAUUUGAGAACGUUAAGAAAACUAUGGAUGAUGAGGCUAAGAAAGCCCAACGUCAGGAGCAGAAGAUCAAAGUCCUCACCAACGGCUACAAUAUGCGAGCCGCCAAGCUCUGGACCAAAAUUGAGUCGGAUUUUAAGCAGAUGGACACUGCCGGGACCGAACUCGAGUGCUUCCGGGCCUUACAGAUGCAGGAGAAGGUAUCGGCCACUCACAGGAUUAGCAACUUAUGGGAAGAGGUUCAGAAACAGAAGGAACUCGAGCAUGUCUUGCAGAGAAAAUAUGCCGACCUUUUGUCCGAACAAGAGAGGCUGCAGCAUUUGAUGAAUGCAUACAGGUUGCGAGCCGAACGGGAGGCAGAAAUAAUGGCGGAGAAGAAGAAUAAUGAUGACAGAAGUAACGGAAAUGCCCCUGUAGUGACCGAGGCUGAGGCUGAGCGUGUUCAGGAUGAGGGUAACCCUAUGGAAGUAGAAGUUACGGGUGCUGAUGAAAUGAAAAGUGAACAAUCGGGACUUCGGGCAGAGAAUGAGGAAAUUAUGCAAGAAAAACCUAUGGAAGUAGAAGUUUCGUGUGCUAAUGAAAUGGAAAGUGAACAAUCGGGACUUGGGGAAGAGAAUGAUGUAGCUGUUCAAGAAAAGGCAGCAGAAAAUGAAGCUGUAAUAUCUGCUGAGGAAGAAAAGGUGGCAGGGAAUGAAGCAGCUGUUCAAGUAAAGGCAGCAGAAAAUGAAGCUGUAAUAUCUGCUGAGGAAGAAAAGGCGGAGAAUGAAGCUGUAAAAUCUGCUGAGGAAGAAAAGGUGGCAGAGAAUGAAGCUGUAAAAUCUGCCGAGGAAGAAAACGCGGCAGACAAUGAAACUGUUAAGUCUGCUGAGUAA